GGGGACGGCGGGGGGGUGGCGGCUCCCUCGGGACCCGGCGCGGGCAGCGCGAUGAGGCGGGUCACCCUGUUCCUGAACGGCAGCCCCAAGAACGGCAAGGUGGUUGCUGUAUAUGGAACUUUAUCAGACUUGCUUUCUGUGGCCAGCAAUAAGCUUGGAAUCAAAGCAACAAGUGUGUAUAAUGGAAAAGGUGGACUGAUUGAUGAUAUUGCUUUGAUCAGAGAUGAUGAUGUUCUCUUUGUAUGUGAAGGAGAGCCAUUUAUUGAUCCACAGACAGAUAUGAAGCUUCCUGAAGGACCAACAGGAGCUCAUACAGACUGGCUAACUCUAAAUGUAGGAGGACGGUACUUUACAACCACACGGAGCACUUUAGUGAAUAAAGAACCUGACAGUAUGCUGGCCCACAUGUUUAAGGACAAAGGUGCCUGGGGAAAUAAACAAGAUCACAGGGGAGCUUUCCUAAUUGACAGAAGUCCUGAGUAUUUUGAACCCAUUCUGAACUACCUACGUCAUGGACAGCUUAUUGUAAAUGAUGGCAUUAAUUUAUUGGGAGUGUUAGAAGAAGCCAGAUUUUUUGGAAUUGACUCUUUGAUUGAACAUCUUGAAGUGGCAAUAAAGAAUUCUCAGCCCCCAGAAGACCAUUCUCCAAUAUCUCGAAAGGAAUUUGUUCGGUUUCUGCUAGCCACGCCAACCAAGUCAGAAUUGCGUUGCCAGGGUCUAAACUUCAGUGGUGCUGAUCUUUCUCGUUUGGACCUUCGAUAUAUAAAUUUCAAAAUGGCCAAUUUAAGUCGCUGCAACCUGGCACAUGCUAAUCUCUGCUGUGCGAAUCUUGAACGAGCUGAUCUCUCCGGAUCAGUGCUGGAUUGUGCAAAUCUCCAGGGGGUAAAAAUGCUUUGUUCUAAUGCAGAAGGGGCAUCUCUGAAGCUGUGUAACUUUGAGGAUCCUUCAGGCCUUAAAGCCAACUUGGAAGGUGCUAAUUUGAAAGGUGUGGAUAUGGAAGGAAGUCAAAUGACAGGGAUCAACCUUCGAGUUGCUACCUUAAAAAAUGCAAAAUUGAAGAACUGUAAUCUUCGAGGAGCAACUCUAGCAGGGACAGAUUUAGAGAAUUGUGAUCUUUCGGGUUGUGAUCUCCAAGAAGCCAACUUGAGAGGCUCCAAUGUCAAGGGUGCCAUCUUUGAAGAGAUGCUGACUCCGUUGCAUAUGUCCCAGAGCGUCAGAUAAGAUGCUUCUUCAAGGGGCCAGAAGCUAGGUGACUUAUUCCGAACAAGAGGAGACAAGAAAUGUUUUCCUUGUGACACAUUUUUCUCCAUCUACUCAAUAGUCUAGAAGAAAUAACACUGUAAAAGAAUUAUAAAGCAGUUAGACAAUAAUGUAUAUUCUCAGUAGUGCCUAAGGAAAAAAAAAUUGACUUUUUUUUUCCUCCAGUUGUAAAGAGGAAGCAUUUACUUAAUAGCCGAAUGAAAAUUAGAUUAUAUUGUUGCCUUUCGAAUGGGCUGGGAGACUUUGCCUGGCCUUAUAGUCAGGAAUAGUAUAGAAUAGUAUAUUUGCUUUUAAAUAGGCAUGUUAUGGAAACACCAUCUUGGUUUGAAAUUCAUUGAGGGUUUUAAUUUAUGAAAAGCACAACAUAUGCAAUUAUUUAUUGAAUCUCUAGAUGCAAUAUGGAUAUUUAAAUUGUUAAAACUGUUUGUGCAAUUGGGGGAAGAUGUUCUUGAGAUUACAGCUAGCUUUAGGGUUGCUACUGUUACUUUAAUUGCCUGUAUAAAUUAUCAGAAUAUAUGAAUGUGGUGGAGCAGAGCUCCCUAAGCCUCUCUUUUCAGGUACAUUUUCAUAAUGUUUAUUUUUUUCGAGCAACACAGCAGCUAAACUAAAGAAAUUCUCAGUUUUAACUGAGGCGGGGAGGGUGGGAGAGAACUUCCUUAUAUAUCUUUGAAUUCAGGUGAUGGGAUGGAGGAGACAUCUUUUAGAAUGUGCCAGAACUGAGCUUUUUGUAAACUAGCUCAGCAUGUCAAAAGAAGGACUUCUUCACUCUCAGAGCAGGGAUUAGCUGUAUCUCCAACUUAACUGUGUAUCCCUGGUUGAAAAGGACUUUUGCUCCAAGCAGGUUCCCCUCAUCCCCAAAGCACACAGUUAAUUGAUUUGCACAGGCCCGGUUAUCUCAUAUAGUCAAGCACAUGAAGAUGCUUGUAUAACCAAAAAAAAAAAAAAAAAAUCAAGGUGCAUCAAUAAUAGUCCUUCACUGCAGGUGCUGAUCAGUCUAGACAAUCACCACUCAGGAGUGUGGUGAAUCAAAUCCAAAUCCAUUGCUAUGAGUGUUGGGAAAUGGGAACGAAGAGGCAACUUGUGUUCUUGGGAGUCACACAGUGUAAUUGCAGUUCAGACUUUAUAAUGGGGACUCAAGGAUUGAAACUGAUGCUCUGAUCACCUCCCCCCACGUUGCUGACUCAUUCCAGAUGUGAUGCCAGUCGGUCUAAACCUGUGGCUCUCUUUGGCAAAGAUCUGGCCCGUCCUGUCUGCAAGUGACAUUAUGACUUUAUGUCCCAAUCCUAAUUCUCCCAAGACUGGGCAGAGGGCCUGUUUUCAAGGCUCAGAAGGAAAGACUCCUCAGCCCUGGGCAGUAAGCUAUUCAACAGAUUUGCCUCCUUUAGGAGGAAGGACUUGAGUUCAAUAUUUUAUGUUGUCUAGUCUUUUCUACAUAUGCAAAGCUUUCCUUAAUGAUAAAGAGUGUGAAUGUGUGCAUAAGAAGAGGAGACCCAGACCUCUGUAGUGGAGGGAAAGCAAUUUCAAAAAUGAAUUAUUUUCUUUGCUUUAUCAUUUUUUUAUUAAGACAGAGAAGUAGAAUAUUGUAUUGAAAGAGAUCUAUUUUCAUAAUCAGUAUGUGUAUAAAUUAUAUUUAAAUAAUCCAUUUCACUGUUGUAUUAUAUUUUCAGUAAGUAUAGAAUGCAUCAUUCAUUUACUUAAAGGUACCUCUUUAGACAUGACUUAAAACUGCAGAAGACUCUAAAUCUGGUAUGUUCAGAAACUGCAGAUUUCAAGUCUAAUGUAAAGUAUAUUAAUAA